UUGACUAUUCGGAAACUUGGAAAGAUGAUGAUCCACCCUCUCUUUUCCUUCUCAAAUGGCUCCAUCAUCAUCAUCACCAUCAUCGCCAUCAAGAUGUUGAAAUCCUUCUCCUCCUCGUCAUCAGAUCACUCAUCAGCUGAGACAUCCGAAGAAACCGAACCGGAGAUACCCAUAUCUCCAGCCCUUCACCUGGCUGCUUCUUCUUCUCCCCGCCGUUGGAGAUACGAUGUCUUCCCGAGCUUCCGGGGUGAAGAUGUCCGCCGAAGAUUUCUCUCCCACUUUCGCAAGGAGUUCCGUCGCAGAGGGAUCACUACGUUCGACGAUAACGUGAUGGAGAGAAGCGAGUCGAUCGCGCAUUUGCUCGUACGAGCCAUCGAAGAAUCUCGGAUGGCGAUCGUCGUUCUCUCCAAGAACUAUGCUUCUUCCAGCUGGUGCUUGAACGAGCUGCUCCAUAUCAUGCGCUGCAAGGAUUCCGCCGGGCUGAAAGUGUUCCCCAUCUUCUACGAUGUGGAUCCAUCGGAUGUACGGAAGCAGACG